AUGCAAGGGGUGAUUGGACAAGUUGUUAGUGAAUGCCAGUCUGGUUUCAUCCCUGAGAGGUUGAUUUCAGAUAAUAUCCUUCUUGCUACUGAACUUAUCAAACGCUACACUAGAGCUCAUCUCUCCCCUAGAUGUAUGCUCAAAAUUGAUCUUAUUUUAAUCAAUGGUAAGCCUAGUACACCCUUUAGAGCUAAAAAGGGUUUGAGACAAGGUGAUCCUAUGUCUCCUUUCCUCUUUGCUAUGGAGUGUGAGAAAUUGGCCCUCACUCAUAUGCUGUUUGUUGAUGAUCUGCUUAUGUUUUGUAGAGCUGAUUCUGUCUCUAUCUCUAUUCUACUGGCUGCUUUCAAUCAGUUUUCUUUGGCUUCAGGAUAUCUUGGUGUGCCUCUCUCAACCAGGAAACUGAUGUACAACCAGUGUAAACCAUUGAUUGGUAAGGUGGUUGCAAGAGCCAAAACUUGGACAUCUAAGCAUCUCUCCUGUGCAGGCAGACUUCCGCUUGUUCAAACUAUUCUUCCGAGUUUGCAGUCUUUUUGGGGUCUUAACCUCAAGAAUGUGUGUUUAUGGAAUAAGGCUGCAGUGGCUAAGUUGUUAUGGGCUAUUAGCCUAUUACCCAUAAGAAAGAUAAAUUGUGGUGUAAGUGGGUUCACACUUAUUAUAUCAAAGGAAAAUUUCUCCAUCAAAACAAUGUACCAACUGCUGAUGGGUCCUUGUGAGAAAGUUAGGUGGAGAAGGCUAAUCUGGCAUAAUCAAGCUUCUCCAAAAAGUCUGUUCAUUUCUUGGGUGACUAUUUGGGGUAGAUUACCUACUCUGGAUAGGUUGCUUACUUGGAAGGUGGUGAAUAACAAUGUUUGUCCCUUGUAUUGUUGUAGUCAUGAGUCUGUGCAACAUCUCUUCUUUGAAUGUGGAUACUCUGCUGCUAUCUGGUCUCAUGUUCUGACUAGCUUGCACUUUUAUAGACCAGUGGAAAUGCCAAGGUGUUCACUCAGAUUUGUAGAAGCCCUCAAAAAUAUGCUGAAAGAGAUCAAAUAUAGUGUGGAUUGUAGAGCUUCUGAUAACCAAAAAGCUUUAUUGUUAGUCUAG